CUCCAAGCGGCGAUUCGUCCCACGUAGUGACGUAAAUAGUCACUAAAUGAACACGUCUUAAAUUCUUAAUCAUGUGUUGUUGAAAAUUUGCAGCCUUUGCAUAUUUAAUCAAAACGUUUUGCACAGCGUAAAUGUAUAAAGAAUUUCAGACACGGUUUCUUUUCCCAAAACGUUUCCUCCCUGAAAGUUUUCUGACUAUCUUCUAGUCAAAAUAUAUUGACGUGCCAAAGCUUGAUUCUGAGAUAUUUUCGUUCUGGGGCAGAAUCUUGCUUUUAGAGGCCAGUUAUUGCCCAGACAUGAAAAUAGCACAAUAUCUCGUCGCGCAGUACAAUUAGUUGGACUAACUAACUUCAAAUAUGCAGAAGGUUCUCUUCCCUGUUUUUUUUGUUGUUUUUUUUUUAAUUCACGUGUCUAUCUUUUUAAGUAUUAAGGGAUUUAAAGCAUUACAAAGUUUCCCAUACAAUUACAAGGGGGAACAAGAUACUUCACCUCCCAGACACUUGCGAAUUAAUAACGCUUCACCCCCACUGACGAUUCACCUGACACUUUAGUGAUGAUUCACCCAAGAUGAAUUUGAAGUGGAAUAUUGGUUAACAAUGUCAUAUGUGUUGCUGUUUCUGUUGGUAUUCAGGUUGGGUUGGGCUGUGCUGCCACAAAGUGGAUAUAUACACCCAGAUGAAUUCUUCCAGACUGUAGAAGUUGUUGCUGGGGAUGCAUUAAAUAUAAGUGUUGUACAAACCUGGGAAUUUACAUCUGCAUACCCCCUACGAAGUGCCGUGCUACCUCAGAUUUUGUUCCAUCCAAUGUUCAAGCUUCUAAAGUAUGCUGAUGAAAGAUCAAGCUUCUCCAUGACAGGAUGUCAUCUUGUAACAAGCUACCGUCUGCUUAUGGCAGUUUUGAGCCUAUGGAUUGAUAUCUGCGUAUAUAAGAUUUGCAAGGUCAUUGGACUUCAAGGUCAUUCUGCCAACGUGUUAUUAGCAAGCUCUUAUGUGACCUUGACCUAUCAAACACACACGUUUUCAAAUUCAUUUGAAACUUUGUUAUUUGUUACCCUGAUCUUGCUGAUUCUUAUAUGUAUGAGAAAAGACAAAAUUAACUCAUUCUCAAGAGCAAGUUUCCAUUUAGAUAACAUCACUGAUAAAACAGUAGCUGAGGGAUACUUUGAGGAUGCAAGUUCAGACACUGAAGAUUUAAAUUCUUCUUUAAAUGAUUUACAUAAAAAUGCCUUUAAUUUAAGGAACAGAAAUAAGAUAGUUGAUAAUGAAGUAGAAUUAAAGAGAGAAGGAAUAUUUAACAAACCAGAAAUGAGGUUUCAAUUUGAAAACUAUUCAGAAAAAGUGGAAAAACACAAUGAAAGACAUGUAAAGGACUUGAAAAAAGGUGUUCAAACUAGUAAUGUGUACAUUUAUAUAAGUGUUAUGGCACUAGUUGUUACUGUAGGCAUAUUUAAUCGUCCAACAUUUGUAAUUUUUGCUUUUCUUCCACUUUUUUGGUGGGCAAAAAAGCAUCCAACAGGUGAAAUAUAUGUUUUUAAAAGGGCAGCAGUUUUUAUAUGUACAGGCAUUUUGUUAUCUUUUGUAUUUGUUAUAAUGGAUACAGCAUAUUUUACUGGCUUUGAUAUUACAUCAUUACUUAGUGUAGACGGCUGGCAGAAUAUGUUGAAAAAGUGUGUCAAAACUCCUCUAAAUUUUGUGCUGUACAACAGCAUGUCUGUAAAUCUAGCAGAACAUGGAUACCAUCCAUUUUAUCUACAUUCAAUGGUAAACAUGCCUCUACUUUUUGGCCCAAUGUUUUUUUACUUAACUCGACAUUUAAUUAAUAAUGCGCUUAUUCUCUUGAAAAUAACAAAAUCAGAUGAAGGGACUAUGCAAGUCAGUAAGACACAGCCUCGUCAACGAGAAGAUAAAUGCCAAAAUAAACUGAAAAGUGAUUUUGAGAGAAUGUUAGGGAUAUUCAUUCUAUUCCCUAUUAUGGUAUUGUCAUUUUUUCCUCAUCAAGAAGCCAGGUUUCUUAUUCCUCUGCUACCACUUGUUGUGAUUAGUGUUGCUAUUUUUAGUACCAAACUUAGUAAAUUAUUCUGGUUAACUUUUGUAGUUUUUAACCUUGUAUUGAGUGUGGUAUUUGGCACACUGCACCAGGGUGGUGUUAUUCCUAGCCUUAUGAAACUGCAAACAAUGAUACAAAAAGAAUUUCAGGAAAAUGACAGUACCUCAAUCACAUUAAUAUACUCUCAUACCUAUAUGCCACCAAAACAUGUGUUAUUAAAUCAUAUGUCAAAUCUUGAAUUGAUAGAUUUAAAGGGAAGUAAUUUUCAAUCUGUGAUAGAUGAAAUAGAAAAAAAGAAAAUCUCCAAAUUAAAAGUUACAAACUCUGAUGUAAUUAAAAGUGUGGAAAAAAAGAUUUUUGUAUGUAUACCAGGUUCCCUUGUAGAAGAAUUUAAACUAAAAUGCAAUGGAUUGUAUAGCAUAAAAUCAGAAGAAUUAUUUUUUCCCCAUUUAUCAUUUGAAGAUCCACCAAAUGUAACUUUAACUGGAACAUUUGAAAGUUUAUAUGAUAUGAUGUCACUUCAUUUGAUAGAAAUUGACUAAUCAGUUUCCAUUUAAUAUACAUUGUAUUAUAACUUGUAUGUGUUGUAAUUUUUGUUACCUAUGCAAGAUACUUUUGUUGUCACUUUUUCUGGAUACAAUACAUUUGUCUCUAAAUGUAAUAAAUAAUUUUAAAACACC